AUGUGCGAGCUUUGGGAAUUUUUGUUGUUGUGGUCUCUGCGUUAUUGUCAUCUCUAUACUUUGGAUGUUCUGAUUUUAUCGAAGAAGGAGAAGUAUACCGGUACUGUGUCGGGAGUUCUUACUACGUUGCUCCUGAAGUAUUACAGGGAAAUUACGGGAAAGAAGCCGACAUUUGGAGUGCAGGGAUUAUAUUGUACAUCCUUCUCUGUGGCAAACCUCCCUUUGUGACAGAACCUGAGGCACAUAUGUUCAAUGAGAUUAAGAGAGCCCAGAUUGAUUUUCAGAGCAAAACAUGGCAUUGUAUAGAUGUGAGGGCAAAACAUCUUGUCCAGAAGAUGCCUACUAAAAACCCGAAGGAACGAUUGUCUGCCGCAGAGGUUCUUGGACAUCCAUGGAUGAAAGAUGGAGAAGCUUCAGAUAUGCCUAUUGAUGGUGCUGUUUUAUCCCGUUUGAAGCAAUUCCGAGAUAUGAAUAAGUUGAAGAAGGUAGCUCUAAAGGGUAAGCCGAUGGCAGCAAUAGGAGAUCAAAAUGACGGUUUUUUUAGAUUGGCGCUCGAUUUUCCAGAACCAAGGGAUCCCCCGAGUCCUCUUGUUGAGUUGAUCGAUGUUAGCAUCAACAUGCCAGAUAUGCGGAUCUCAAAUGUUAAUGUACGUAUAGAUAUGGGGACACAAGUAGCGAUACUUGGGCCUCACGGGGCGGCUGCAAAGUCUACUCUUUUGAAUCUUCUCGCGGGAGAUUUAGUUCCAACUGAGGGUGAAGUGAGAAGAAGCCACAACCUGAGGAUCGGCAGGUACUCCCAGCACAUGGUUGACCAGUUACCAAUGAUGGAAUCCCCAUUAAAAUAUCUUCUUCCUCUUUAUCCUCCUCACCAAGACCAAAGGCGAUGGUUUAAAGAAGAUGCGGUGGGUUUGAAACUGAUGAGGUUUGGGCUCCCAAAAUUCUACCAUCAGGCUCCAUUUUCAAUAUUGUCUGCAGGACAAAAGGCUAGUGUUGUGUUAGCCUCCAUCUCAAUGUCCAACCCACACAUUUUGCUUCUUGACGAGCCAACUAAUCACUUGGACGAGACAACUAUUGAUGCCUUGGCGAGAUCACUUGCUCGGUUCGCUGGAGGACUUGUGUUGGUCAGUCACGACGCGAGACUCCUAUCACGUGUCUGUCGCCGAGAGGACAAGAGUGAAAUUUGGGUUGUCGAAGACGGAACAUUCACUUUCUUCCGAGGCACAUUUAAAGACUACAAUAGUCAGGCACAUAGAGUUUGAUGACUACUUAAUUAGCUGGCUACAAAGGACAAUGGUGACUUAUUCUUGAGACCCUCAGGGGAUGUAUUGGAUUAAUCAUUGAUUUCAUUAAACUUUGUUUUAUUUUUUUUAUUUUUUUCUCCUUUUAUAUAAAUCAAAUGAUAUGGAACAAUAAUUUAUAUAGAGAAUUUCUAUUUCCUCUUUCAGUCUCUA